CAGGAUGGCGAGCCCUGCGCUGAGAUGCAAGGCCGCAACAGGAUUCCUGACGAUGAUCUUUCUUCUUCCAGGAACGUAUGCCUUGGAAUGUUAUACAUUUACCUCCUUUCAGCAGUUUGAUUCUAAGGGCAGGUGUGGAUUUGAGCACGCCACCGUCGCCCGUAAUUCGACCUGUUCCUCUGGCAAUGAUGUUUGCCUAAGCGCGGAAUUUGAACUCGGCACCGAUGAAAACACUCUGCUGGUAAGCUAUAGAGGCUGCUUCGCUAAGAAUCCUAGAGAUGCAGAAGGAGCAACUAUUUUUGGCCACCAAUACUUUGCCAUCCAAUCCAACCUCAGCUAUUGCUACCAGGACUUUUGCAACAUCAGAUCAGCCUCUGCAGAGUUUCCAAAAACUACCAGCAAGGGCACAGAAGCGUCUCAUCCAAAUGGCUCCAUCCAUUGCUAUUCUGGCCAAAACCACAACGCCUCUGAACUCACCUUGGAGAAAGUGGCUUGCAGCAACCGCUCUGACCUUUGCUACCAAGGCCGUCAUGCCAUCAAAGUUGGAAACACCACUCAGGUCUUCUACAUCAGGAGCUGCCAGAACCCUUCUUGUGAUGUACCUAAGCACCGCGUCUUUGGUCCUGUGGAACUCGAAUUCCUGGAAGGCUCCUGCUGCUCUGGAAGCAAUUGCAAUGGGAAAAAAGGCACAUCUGAGGUCUCAAAUGACAUCAUAUCAGGGCCCACAGGUGGCCCUUAUGGUGGAGGUGCUGGCAGUCCCACCACCAAUUUCACUGACUCAGACGGAACCUCCAAGGAGGAUUCCGACUAUGAUACUGAGAGUGAUGAUGACACCGUAUCUGAAAAAACGCCCAAUUCCCCAAUUCAUCCACGAGCCCCUGGGCCAAAAUCCAAAGGGUCUUCCUUUCAAUUCUGCCCCCUACUGUUAGCCAUUGGAAUGACAGUCAUUGAGCUAGGCUGGUGAGAAAUGAGCUGGAAGGGUGUCUUUUUGUUUCGAUGUUCUGUCCUCAGUUUUGGAAAGUGGUGUGUUUCAUGGGGGGGGAGGAACAUGGGAGGGUUACCUUUAAGGUAUGAAAGAUACCCAUGGGGCAAUAAUCAGAACCUGGAAAUAACACAUCAUACAUAAUCACCUACGUAUAAUUAAUUCCUUUUAUGCAACAACAUAGAUAACAUUCUCUGUAGCUCUGUAGUGCAACAGCAAAAAGAUUCUUCUAUCCUUUUUGCUGUGGAAGUGCAACUGAUUUACUUCUAUAGUUACGUGGGUGGGUUUUCGGUAUCUUUUGCAGCAUCAAACAACUAUUUGUCACACCUUGAUUUUUUUAUUUUUUUAAAAAGCAAAACAAUUAAUGCAAUUGCAUCAGUUAGGUUUGAAUAAUAAGGAAACAAUUAGUUGACAUUGACUUUGUGGUAGUCCCAAGUCCUUCAUUAGGUAACUGGAAGUAAGUCUUAUUUUCUUUUCAAGUUCCAACUGGGAUACAGGCAUCUAUCUGAGGUCAGAAGCUUCAGCUGGGCUUUACUUUGGCUUCCUUAUUUUCUUUCCAUAAAAGUUCCGCCUCAGCAGGAAACAUGAUCGGAUCACUGAAACAUCAACAUAGGUGGAUGGAAGCAAAGUCACCCCUGUUCCUACCAGCUUUGAUACAUUGGUUGCCUACCUACUCGUUUCUAGGCAUAAUUUAAAUAGCUCAUGAUGACUUAGUAAAAUCUAGAUUCGGAGUGGACAACUCCAUGGCGCUGCGGGGUACAGUGUCCCCCCUCCUCCACCAGGAUGACAAUGUAUCAGGGCCUGUCAGGAUCUCUUACAUUGCUGUGAAAUUUGGCAGUAGCUACUCGUUUUAUUACUGUUUUUCCAGCCCUUUGCUCCCCAAAUUUGCUCUCCGGUUUUAACAGACCUGACCAGAUACCGUCGUGCCUCGCUUUACGAUUGCCCCGUAUAACGACGAAUCCGCUUAACAAUGCCUUUUUUGCAAUCGCAAAAGAGA